UUUCCAGGCCGUACAAAAAGAAGUGCGUGUGGCACACUCGCAGCGUUCGAGUGGGCAGGGCGUCAUCACCGCAUCAUCAGGGCGUAUACGUCCGCCUGAGAAACUUUCCGUAUAAAGCCAUCUAAAGCUACGCCGUCGACGCCGUUUCUCGCGAGAGAUGGAGUCUCUAUACGGGGAAAGAGGAGCCGGAGGGAAGCUCAAGAAGCCACCUUCAAGGAAGCCGCCGGCUUCUCCGUACGCUCGGCCUCCUCCUACUACUCCGGCGAGUCGGAUUGGGAGCAAUGGUUGGCUUUCUAAACUCGUCGAUCCCGCCUACCAACUUAUCUCCAGCAGCGCUACCAGGAUUUUACCCUCAUUCUUUUCCAAGUCCCCCUUCGAUGUUCCUCCUCUUCUUCCUAUCACUCAAAGCAACGGUGUAGAAGAUGCGGAUGUGAUUCCAAAUUCAAGGGAUGUAGAGAAUUUCACCCCUUGUCAUGUAUCCAGAUCUACUGAAGGAAUGGGUGCCAGUGUACAGUUUGAUACAUUGAAGAAAAUUACUGAAUGUGAAAGGUUGGAGCAAGAGAAACCAGAGACUUCUGAUGAUGAUUCUGUUGUUUCCAGAAUUGAGCAAUUGAUGAAGGGGAAAGCAUUUUCUAGGGAUGAAAUAAUUCAUCUGAUUGAGAUCUUGAAUUCUAAAGUUGAUGAACAAGAAAAGAACAAAAAAUGCAUGACAGUUGAAAGAGACAAUGAAAGGGCUCUUUUAUUGCAUGACACACCAAGAAAAUUAAGUGAAAGAAAACUGGAAAACAUGACUAGAGCUCUGCCAGGACCUUCAACACCUAUUCCUGAAUCAAGUGUGCCAGAAGUUAGUGGUUCACCCAUUGAUAUUGCAAGAGCUUAUAUGGGAAGCCAAAUUUCAGAUCAAACCCUCGGCCCUAAUUUUGUUCUUAUAAAGGAUGAAGCAGAUCCUGUAAAUGAUAUAUGUGCAUUAAAACCAGUUAUUACUUCACCAUCAUCAAAGCCUUCCACUUGUUGGCCUGGGGCAUUAGUGCCAGAGCAGCCAGGCAGAUUUGGGUUCCAUGAAUUUUCUAAGACUCCAUAUUCUAGAACUUUAUUAUCAAAGUCUAGAACCAAGUCACAAGCUGAUAGCAGGUGCCUGGAAUCUUUAGUAAAACCUUUUCCACAAUCUCAAACCUCACAAUAUGGAAAGGCGAGGACAAAGAGUGAUGUGUAUGACUAUGGCUAUGGAUCAGCAGGGCCUAUUAGGAGAAUACAUUAUAGAUUUGGCUCAGAAUCUCACCACACAGGAUCUAUUUUCCUGAAUUCAUCCAAACCUACUCAUUCGCCUAUUGAAAAGCUAACUGCUUCUAAAACAUUCUUGCCUUGUAUUGGAAAGAACAUGGAAAUUGGAGAAAGUAGUGGGACAUCAAUGUCCGACAUUAAAGGGGCAUGCACCUCUGGACAUGCUUUGCCAAGUGAGGCAACUACAAGAAUGAUAAUAGAUCACCUUAACAGGCACAAACCCACACCUAAAGAAAGGGCAGCUGAACUGAAGCUGGCCACUGAAUGGAAUAAAUCACCUGGUGCUGAAGUUUCUGAUGCAAGACUAAAUGAGAGCGCAUUGCCGCAACAUUUAGGAAACUCUAAAGUCGGUAAGAGGACAGACUUGGCCAACCCAGAAUCUCUCAAGGGAAGAGGUUCUGAUAAAGACGAUUAUCAGGUGAAAUCCGAGGAGAGAAGUAUGAGAGAAGCUGAAGUUGCUAAAGGUGCAAGUGCUCUAACCUCCAUCAAAGCAGGUGAUUUUGGCGUGAAGACUGAUGCCAGUACAGAACCUUCAUUGGAUUUUAAGAGUACCAAUUCACAAGUCAAAAGUUCCACUUGUAAUUCUCAUGACAUGAGUUCUGAUCAGGACUUUGUAGGCUGUAGCAGUGGGCAGAAAGCAACAAAUCAAAAUUUGUGUUUCCAGCAUCAGAGUAAUGGGCAAAAUGUGUCUACUACAUCCAAAUCAAUAGCAGCACACACCUGUGGAACAAAACCAACCUUGCCAUUUAGUAUUUCUAUAAGUAAACCUGACCCUAAAUCUGCUGUUUCCUAUGAUAAUAGUUUUGGAUUCAGUUUUCCAGUUCCUGCAUCAUCUGGUUCUGAACCACCAACACCCUCCAUGGCAUCAUUCUCUCCAAGUGUUAUACCAUCACCUUCAAUAGACCCAUCUGCUCCUUCUUACAGUUUUGGCACUAAGAAAUCAUCUUCCCAACACCUAGUUUUCUCUUUUCCAUCUUCAGGCAGUGCUGUCCAAUCUGACACUUCAGGAAUUAAAUUCAACUUUGGGGCAGAUAGGAAGACCACAAGGUUAUCUUUCGGUGCUGUAGGUAAAGCUGUCUGUUAGCUUAUUUGUUAGUGUAUCUAUAGGUAUUUCCUAGCUGCAUCACUUCAGAACAAUUGAACGAGGAUGAUACGUUUUCUUUAUGCUCUUUUUCUUGUUUUUUCAUUUCUUUUUCCUGUGAUAAUACAAGGUACGGAGUACUUGAUUGUGCUUCUCUUCUCACAUUUUGAGGAAUCCAUGCCCUUUUCUCUUC